GACCUGGGCGCUUCCUUCUCCUCCGGCUCUCACUGGGUCCAGGCACAGAAGCCCUCAGGGAUUGGCGACCACAGGACACCCUCCCUGGCUACCAAUAUAAGCUCUUACAGAGGGUUGGCUGGUUAGCCGGUGCUAGAAAGGAGGGACUCGCCAAGGAGACGCGCUCAGGGAGGGAUGAGUUGCGCCACCACUACCUAGGUCCCUCUCUGGCUAUCCGGCGGGGUAGCCCGGACCCAGGUGCUCCCGGCACUCGCCAACCCGGAGCCAGCGUCCCGCUGCGCCCGGUCUCCCUCCAGCUCCGGCCCCCGGGGGAGGGCGCGUGGGAUGCUGCGCGGGUCCCUGAGCCUUUCCCAAGCUCCAGCAUCCGGAGCCGCCCUAGCCUGCAUCGCGGCAGCCACGGCCUGGGAGGGAGAAAGGAAAGAGGGAGGACGGCGGGAAAGGCUCGGCGCGGGAGGAGGGUGGGUGAGGAGGGAAGGAGUGAGGGGGAGGGAGCCUCUCUCCUCCGCGGUGCCGCUCACCUCCCUCCGGCGGGCGGCGACUCCGGGUUCCCCCUCGCGCCCUCUCGCCGCGUCUCGCCCCUUCCCCGCCCACCCGCCCCGCGAGCGCGGGCGGCGGCGGUGGGCGUGUGCGCGCGUGAAGGACGCCGCCUCUCUCUCGCUCCUGCGUUCGCAGGCGGCGGCGGGCGGCCGGCUUCUCUCUCGGGCAGCGGCGGCGGCGGCGGCUUCCGGAGUCCCGCUGCGAAGAUGCUCAAAGUCACGGUGCCCUCCUGUUCCUCCUCGUCCUGCUCUUCGGUCACCGCCAGUGCGGCCCCCGGGACCGCGAGCCUCGUCCCGGAUUACUGGAUCGACGGCUCCAACAGGGAUGCGCUGAGCGAUUUCUUCGAGGUGGAGUCGGAGCUGGGACGGGGUGCUACAUCCAUUGUGUACAGAUGCAAACAGAAGGGGACCCAAAAGCCUUAUGCUCUCAAAGUGUUAAAAAAAACAGUGGACAAAAAAAUCGUAAGAACUGAGAUAGGAGUUCUUCUUCGUCUCUCACAUCCAAACAUUAUAAAACUUAAAGAGAUAUUUGAAACCCCUACAGAAAUCAGUCUGGUCCUAGAACUCGUCACAGGAGGAGAACUGUUUGAUAGGAUUGUGGAAAAGGGAUAUUACAGUGAGCGAGAUGCUGCAGAUGCUGUUAAACAAAUCCUGGAGGCAGUCGCUUAUCUACAUGAAAAUGGAAUUGUCCAUCGUGAUCUCAAACCAGAGAAUCUUCUCUAUGCAACUCCAGCCCCAGAUGCUCCACUCAAAAUUGCUGAUUUUGGACUCUCUAAAAUUGUGGAACAUCAAGUGCUCAUGAAGACAGUAUGUGGAACCCCAGGGUACUGCGCACCUGAAAUUCUAAGAGGUUGUGCCUAUGGACCUGAGGUGGACAUGUGGUCUGUAGGAAUAAUCACCUACAUCUUACUUUGUGGAUUUGAACCAUUCUAUGAUGAACGAGGCGAUCAGUUCAUGUUCAGGAGAAUUCUGAAUUGUGAAUAUUACUUCAUCUCCCCCUGGUGGGAUGAAGUAUCUCUAAAUGCCAAGGAUUUGGUCAGAAAAUUAAUAGUUUUGGAUCCAAAGAAACGGCUGACUACCUUUCAAGCUCUCCAGCAUCCAUGGGUCACAGGUAAAGCAGCCAAUUUUGUACACAUGGAUACUGCUCAAAAGAAGCUCCAAGAAUUCAAUGCUCGGCGUAAGCUUAAGGCAGCGGUGAAGGCUGUAGUGGCCUCUUCCCGGCUGGGAAGUGCCAGCAGCAGCCAUGGCAGCAUCCAGGAGAGCCACAAGCCUAGCCGAGAUCCUUCUCCAAUUCAAGACAGCAACGAGGACAUCAAAGCUAUUCCAGAAGGAGAGAAAAUUCAAGGAGAUGGGGCUCGAGCCCCAAUUAAGGGGGCACAGGCUGAGCUGAUGAAGUUGCAGGCUUUAGAGAAAGUUAAAGAUGCAGAUAUAAAUGCUGAAGAGGUCCCCAGGAUGGUGCCCAAGGCAGUGAAGGAUGGGAUAAAGAUGGCCGACCCUGAAACAGAGGAGGGCCUGGCAGAGGAGAAGCUGAAGACUGUGGAGGAAGCAGCAGCCCCCAGAGAAGGGCAAGGAAGCUCUGCUGUGGGAUUUGAAGUUCCACAGCAAGAUGUGAUCCUGCCAGAGUACUAAACCCGCUUCCUUCAGAUCUGGAAGCCACACACCGGCAUUUUAUGUACUUUGUCCUUCAGCAAGGAAGGUGUGGAAGCAUGAUAUGUACUAUAGUGAUUCUGUUUUUGAGGUGCAAAACAAAUACAUAUAUACCAGUUGGUAAUUCUAACUUCAAUGCAUGUGACUGCUUUAUGAAAAUAAUAGUGUCUUCUAUGGCAUGUAAUGGAUACCUAAUACCAAUGAAUUAAAUUUUGCAAGUAAACACAACAUGACACUUAAAAACAUACAUUUUCAGCAACCAGUGGCACAUAUUUGAAGUGAAUGGUAGCAAACUGUUUUUGCUUUGAAAACCUAGCCAUCCUACAUCCUUUGGAUUUCUUCACAAGGUAGUAAUUCCUUUGAACUACUGCUUAGCUAAUACUAGGUAGUGCUAUAAGACAUGUUCCCAUGACUUUCACAACAUUUUACUUUUUAUCAUUAUGUGUUCAAACUGUUUACAGGGAGAUGCUUAUAGAUGAUAGUUGUACAUACAUGCAAAAAAAAAAAAUUUCACUUGCAAUAGUAAGAGAUUGAAGCAUCCUUUAAAGGCCAAGAAACCAUAUGUCCCUAAAGCUUAUGUGUAGAAUGCUUUAUUUUAUUUUUAUUUAUAUAUGCUAUAUUAAUAAUAACCAAAAUCUUCUAAGAUUCUGCCAUUUUACAACCCUGAAGGAAGUAUGUUACAAACUCAUGCUGAGUUUCAUUCUUUCCUUCACCUGCUCUCCAAUGAGAUGACUUUCUGAUAGACGAAGCUUAGGGUGUAAUAAACAGGAAAGAGAAGAAGGUAAGACUCCUUAGACUGAAGAUAAGAUUGAUUCCUUUUCAUUUUUCCAGAUAAAAUUGUAUUUACUCAUGAAUUUAUACAACUUUACAGAAAGGAACAUUUUAAUGGAUAACCUCUGUAAUUACCAAAUUUCAAAUAUUUAGAAAAAUGUAUUCCACAGGUUAGUGCCAAAAUGUCUGAAUGGAGUAGAAAUAAUAUUCCAUUAUAAGAUCAUUGAUUAUUGACUUUAAUAGAGUAAGAAAACAUUAUUCUUUACCAAAGUUUUUUUUUUAUCCAGUUGAUGGUUAUCUACGUAUAUCACUUACAAACUAGCUAUUUAUGGAAAGCUAGUAUGUCUUUUUCUCGUACUUAGAAUGAAAGUAUCCACAUUUUACAAUGUAGUCUUGAGAUAGUGCCUGUCAAGAAAUCUAGCACAAUGCCAUUUAUUUACCUUAAAAAACAAAAGCAAAAAUAAAAACACUGAUUUAAAUCAGACUCUUAAAAGGCUGAAACAUUAGAAAUAAUAUUUUGUUAUGAUUUUUCCCUAGAAUAAAUAUAAUUUCUCCUUGACUUUCAUAGGAACACUUUCCCCUUAUAGAUAUUGCACUAAGUAUCUCCAAUUUAUUUCUAGUUUGAGUUGAAAUGAAUAUUUAUCAGAUUAUGUAUCACAUUGUUGGGUUUUCUUAAUUUAAAAAAAAUUUAUUUUAAAAAACAAUUAUUUUCAGAGACCAAGUUAACGACAAUAAAAAUGACUAUCACAUUAAAAUCCUAAUUAAAAAAAGAGAUCUUGAAUUAUGUUGGUCCUCCCUCAAAACUAUUAAAUUAGAAAAUGAAAUUAAAGCUUCAGUUUUUAGACCUUGUUGGACCUCAGUAGACAUUCUUCUUCCAAUCACAAGUCUCCCUUUACUACUAUUAUCAUGGGAAGAAAACAAGAUAGGACUUCCUAUCUUUCAUCGUUUAAGAAUCUGACAGGUCACUGAUAUGGAGCCCCUGAAGAGGCACAUUAUCUGAGCUCAGAAGAUUUUGUUUUGUUUUGUUUUAUAUGUACAAUUAGUAAAGAGCACUUUUCUUCUUCCCUCUUUUCUUCCUUCCUCCUUUAAUUAUUCCCUCUCAGAAUUCUUAUGUCUUAUGUCAGAAUUCUUAUUAGGGGCUCACUGCUUUUCACCUUUAAAAAUGCCUUUUUUAUUAAGCAUUAAGAUUUCCAUUUAAGAGGAUCAACUUCCUGUUGUACCUUUUACCAUGAGACUCAACAGAUACACACAGGCACCCACACACAUACACAUGCACACAUACACACGUAUGUAUGUAUUGGAAGAGCAAAGAGAGGGAAGGGGGUCUUGUUAGAAAGUGGCAAUUAGCUGAAAGAUCAGAACGUAUCAUUCUUCCCUGCCCCUGGCCGCCAUAUUGUUCCAAGGGCAGUUGUUACGUUAUUCCAACACUAGGGUAGCGCUAACAGCAUUGGUUGGCCCCAUGGACUAUAGAAGCAACAUUGCAAAUACCAGGGCCAAUGUGUAUUUUAGAGUUUACUCAUUUAAAUGAGUGCAUAUGACCAUUCCAAUGUGAUUAUUUAAGAGAUGAAGAUAAUUAUCUUUUUUAACCUUUUCUAAAAAUCAAUGUGAGUUUUAAAUUUUGACUCAUGUUAAAGAUUAGAUUUUUGACAAUGACUAUAUAGUGACUAGUUUCAUCGUUUUAGUAGGAAAAAAGUCAAACUUUCAACAGUGUUGGUCAUUUCAGUCAGAUUAUUCAGAGAUUUUGUAGGUAUACAUCCUGUUGGGAUAAUUAUGUUAACAUUUUUGAAAGCACAGCCAAUGUUUAUAUUUCUUGUUAAAAUGGAAUGUAUUGUCUAUCUCAAAGAUUACUUUGCUAAAUAAUAGUAGACAAAUAGAGAUUUAAUUUAACAAAUACUUCAUAACAUCACUCCUAAUUGGCAGUAUAGUCACAAAGCAAAAGAAUUAAAUUUCAACAAGCAAUAAAUUACAUUUUGCAUUUUAGACCUAACAGUUAUCACAUUACAUUAUUGAUUUUUAUUUUGAGAUAAGUUCAGAUACAUAGCAUAAACUAGGGGGUGUGUGUGUGUGUGUAUUUAACAAUGAAAGACAGUCUUGAAUUAUUUCCCCCAUUAACAACGUCUAAUUGGAAUCCAGUAUUUUUUCUUAAACUGUAAUUUCACUUUUCCCAGGACACAUAAAUAAGGCAAAACUUAGAAUAAUAUGGUUGUAGAAGUUAUUGUCCAGAACAAGUGCAUUAUAUAAAUAUAAUAUAAAUAUAAUGCAAGCACAUGUCAUAUAAAAUUUUCUAUUAGUCACAUUUUAGGAAAAAUAGAUGAAACUGUAGCAUUUUUAAUCCAAUUCAUCCAAAUUAUUCUAUCAACAUAUAGUUAAUAUUAAAAUUUAAUGAGAUAUUUUGAAUUCUUUAUUUUUAUACUGUUUUCAAAAUCAGGAGUGUAUGUUAUGCCUUUGGUACAUCAAGUGCUCUGUAGUCACAUGCAGCUAGUGGCUACCAUAUUAGACAGCACUGGUCUAGAGUACUUUUUAUUUUAAGCAAAGUGGCACUUGAAGUUCUGUGCUUAGAUUUAAGUGGCCUCGGUUUUUGCAUUGAAGAGCUGUGGAAGGCCAAAAAUUGUUUCAGAAAUGUACACACUGAGUAAAAGCUUAUUGACCACCCCUGCCCAUUCAUGUGCUUCAGAGGAGAAGUGUUUCCUAACAACAUCAAAGAACAACACUUUCCUGGGCAUUACUAAAUUAUUUACUGACUAGUCCCUCUGAUUCCUGAUGGGUCCUGGAGUCUUGACUACAGCCUAGAGUCUCCUGAGUACUGCCAUGAUGCCGGUAGUAUUCUUGCUUACCAAAAUCUACUGUCAGCCAACCAUGUGUCUUCAUUCAGGAAGGACUGCACAUAGAAUCUGAUUUUUGAGGCCUGGAUGCUGCAUGCCAUCCUGGUAUCACGGGCAAUAUGUCUUUCUGGAAAUCCGAACCAUACCAAAUAUGCAUGAUGAAGAUUGUAUAAUGAUGGUGAUAUCAUGCCAGUUAUCUUCAAAAUGGGAAUAUGAUCAUUAGCUGGCAUUUUUUAGAUUUCCUUAGAAGAGUUUAAUCAACACUGCCAUUACACAUGGAUUUAACAAAAAACUUUUGAAAAUUUUUUACAUACUGAUUUUAGAAUAAUCUUCAAGGUUCUAUAGUCAUUUUUAGUGGAAGACUUAAAAAGAAAGGGACAAUUUUUACUGUGACCUCAAUUUCAUAGUAUUUUGUAAUUCACAAUAUUUAGCAAUCCCUAUGUCCUGUUUCACAUGUAUGGCAACUGAUGGUGGGCUGCCUACAGGCUGAAGAUUUGGAGAGAGCCAUUUUGUUUCAUAAAUCAGUUUUUAUUGCACAAGAAGCAGCUGGUUAUACUUCAAGUUGGAAAAAAAAAAUGCCAGAAAAGGCAAAGGAUAAAGUUAGUAAGCCAUUUAUUUUGUUUUAGAAUUGUUCUUGCAAAGCAAAUUUUUUUUUUCAAAGGUCAAAAAAGUGAAUCAGUACUAGCAUUUUCUUGAUGAAGGUUGACUCAAUAUGUAAUGAACAGAUAUACAUAGAAGAAUCAAUCAUAAUGCCAUUAUGUUACUUAUUUGUCAUGGCAAAGUAUUCAGUCUAGUUGUCUGGAUUUAUUUUAGAUGGUGCAAAAUUUCCAGACAUUAACCUAUGUAAAAGGAUUUGCAAUUUCCUUGUAAUUACUGCCUGUUAGUCCGUAUUCUAACUUCCUUGUGUUCCUCAUUCACAUGUUCCUGAUCAGGGUCAUCGCUAGUAGUUGAGCAUUUACUGGUUGAACACUGCUUAAUGGUUAGAUGUUAUGUGUGUCUGCAUUUAAAAAAUUAUGUACAUGUUAUUUCACUAUUGGUAUUACAUAUAUAUUCAUAAACAUGUGAUAAGCAGAAAUGUACCUAAUAAUUUCCUGUAAAAUUUUUUAAAGUCCUUACCCUGACACACUCAGGGUGAAUUUUUGGCUUCUUGGCAAAUAAGAAAAAAAGGAGAGAGAUCACUGGAGAGAUAACAGCCAGCCACUUACAGUAAUCAGGUUCAGUGUUUCCUCUUUCUAUAUUUUGACCAAUAUAUUAAGAGCAAGUUUUUGUCAUUAUUACUCCUUGUGGUAUUACCUAAAAUCAGAUAAUAUAAUCUCAGCUCAUAAACCUUAGCCAUGUCUAUACUUUUCUUGGAGAGCAAUAACAAGCUUCGUUAAUUUAUAUUUGGUUAUUUAAAAUUCCAACUUUCAUAAAUGCUCUGUGAUGUAUUUGAGAUGAUUGGAUUGUGUGAUAUUAACUUCCUUUGAGAACUCAGUCUUCCCUGUCGUCUGGAUCAGUGGUCCACCAGGGCAAAAAAAAGCCUUGCCAAGGAACCAGAUACUGUUCUAGAGAAGACUCCAGGCAUCCGACCUGGUCGAGCUCAAAUGAGCCAAGUGGGAGAAAACCUCUUCUCAGCCUCUGAUCGAAAGUGAUAUGAUUUGAAUAUUGGUUUACUGUCACUGAUUAAUAAUGGAAAGAUGAGAUUCCACCAAUUGCUUGCUCUUUUCCUGUCUUGGUUUGCUACCCCGUGUCCCAGACCAGUGGGACAUCCCUAUGGUCAUCAGGCUUGUCCUCUAAAGCCCUGACAGGAGCGUCCCAGAUGGGAGAAAUGUAGGGUAUUUGUGGCCCAGAAUUUAGUUUGAAACUCUAAACAGCAACGCUAAGACUGCAAAAUCACACUAUUCUAAACAGCUGUUUUCAGCUCAUCUUGAAGAUUGAUCUGGAAAACGCAUAGAUAUAGAAUGUAUAUAUUUAAUAUUUGCUUGUGAUUCAUUGUGUCAAAAUAACAUUUAAUUUUCACUCUGAUAAAUCUUUAUUUUCCAUUUAAAAGAUUAUUUUAGGCUACUUAAAUACAGUAGACUUUACAUUCCAAUUUUUGAAAGUUGUUUUCCCUAAGCUCUCUCCCAACUCUUGACAGUUUGCGAAUUAUAAACGUUUACUAGGUUUGGCCUUUCCUUGAUAGAUGUAGAGCAGUUCAUCUGUUUAGUAAAGGUACAAUUAAGUAUGACUAUAGGUUGGGCGUGGUGGCUCAUGUCUGAAAUUCCAGCACUUUGGGAGGCCGAGGUGGACAGAUCACCUGAGGUCAGGAGUUCAAGGCCAGCUUGGCCAAUGUAGUGAAACUCCGUCUCUACUGAAAAUACAAAAAUUAGCUGGAUGUGAUGGUACACACCUGUAGUCUUAGCUACUCAGGAGGCUGAGGCAGAAUUGCUUGAACCCAGGAGACAGAGGUUGCAGUGAGCCAAGAUCACGCCACUACACUCCAGCCUGGGAAGCAAGAGUGAAACUCCGUCUCAAAAAAAAAGUAUGACUAUAAACUGAAAACUGUCAUCUCAUACUGCAUCCUUUUAACCUGAUCUAUUUCAUAUGCCUACAAUACAGUUAAUAGGCAGCAUAAUAGAGAACAAAUAGCUAUUCAUAAUUUGGGAUUUUGUUUAUGGCACCCUUAAGUCUCAGAAAUAUUUUUAAAAGUCCCCCAUAAGCCAAAACAAUGUUUUAACAUGUUCAUUUGUGAAGUAGUUAGGCCUAAACGUUGUAGGAGUAUGUCAUUCCAUGCCCAGCAGAUGUUGUUUUCCUUCAAAAUGUUUAAAUGUCUUGUGAGUUUAGCAAGUGGGGACAGCUGAGUUAGGGUUUAAGUUCUCAUGCCCAAUGAACGAAAGGUAUCAGUAAAAGAGGUUGAUAGUAAACAAAAUUAGUUAUUUAUGCUCUUGUUUGAAUGUCAAUCAUUCUUUUUAUCUCUGGUCUUUGAGAUACCCACAUAAAAUUUAUGUGCAUAUUUUUUUAAAGAAUAAUUUCUAUAUGAUUUCCCAAGAACUGAACUCGAAUCUCCAACAGUUUUCAGAACUCAAGCAACUUAUGCUUCACAGAGCAAAUCUACCAAAGCCUAUUUUUGUUGGAACACAGACAUGCUUAUUUAUGUACGUAUUGUUUUGGCUGCUUUUACGCUGCCAAGGCAGAGUUGAGUACUUUGAACAGAGCCCAUGUCGACUGCAAAGCCUAAAAUGUUUAUCUGGCCCCUUAGGGUAAAACAAUGACCUUGGGUUUUCAUGGCAACCCAGUGCCUUUUUGGCGACCUGCAGGAAUACAGAUUUCGAUAUUCCAGGUUUUUUUCUCCUUAGCUUAAGGUUCUUAUUCCCAUUAGCUUCUUAGGAAGUUAGGAAAAUUUUAUUUUAUGUUACAGAUAUUCUCACAGCAAUAAUUGUACUGGAGCUACAACUUAUGGAAAUUUUCCUACAGAACUAAAAACUCAAAAUUACAUCGUUCCUGAAAAAAAGAAAUUUAGAUUAUGAAUUGAAUUGGUUUAGAGUGGAAUUAAAAAAAUUUCUAGCACUUUGAGCAUGUUUUAGAAAUUUGAUCCUUACAUUUAAAAUUAUGUAAAUGACAUCUUUCACUGGCAUUUUCUCACAUUUAAGUCAAUCUGCAGCUGUUACUAAGCUAAGAAAUGAGAAGAUCUCUUUGGUUCUGAAUCUCUCAUAAUAUUCUGGAGUAAUUUGUAUCAAUUGGAUUUUCAUCAAUUAUUUUAGGAAAUAAUAUGCUUUAUUGUGUGGCAUUAUAUGACAAUGACUUUCUCAUCAGUAGCUCAGGGAAGAGGCAAACAGGCAGCUCUUUUAUGUAAGAAAGCCACUUUCUAAUCCCCACACUUUCCUGUUACAUAUUUCAUUUUUUUGAAAAGAGAGGGCCCUGAGUAAAUGCUUUCCUUUGCUUUUCUUACAUAUUUAGAAAUCCAAGAAGGGCCCUUGUCUUAGUCUAUUUCUGUCACAGAUAAAUUGUUCAUUCCAAAAUACCUGCCUUAAGGGAAGCUGGUGACCCAGAUAUUAAGAAAAACAUAGGCAUUCAUGACCUUCGUGUUUCCGUUUGACUUUCAACAUCUGUAACCAAAAGGUCACAAAUUAAAUAUUGAGUAGAAAAUUCAACAUCAACUUAUUAGGAGUACCUAAAAAUUAUAACUCGAAAUAAUGUUUUCUUUAAACUAUUGCAGCAAUCAAUAAUAUAAUAUAGCCACUAGGAUACACUCGCUGUAGAACUUAGAACAAAAGAUGUCAAUCGUCUGCCAGUCCUCAUGGUUGUGUGUAGCAGAGAGACUUUACCGGAAUGAGAGAGGGGAAAGAUAACAAAAUGCAGAUUAAGAUUCCACAUUCCUGUCUGCCCAUCUUUUUGAUUGCUCAGUUUGAAAACAAUCAUUGAUGGACAAAUACUUUAGAAAUGAGUAGACUAAAGUCAAUAGCUAAUGUUUCUCCCAGAAACUAAACAACAUAGUUUGGGGGAUAUCAGGCCUACAUCCUAACCACACUUUAAGGAAGUGAUUUGCUAAUUUUGAGCUUCCCAGGAGCAGCCCACUCCAGGAACCAUUUUCCCAGUAAUGUUUCACUGAGAAACUAUUAUAUGCCAUGGAGGAGUCAAAGAUGAAUUAAAUCCAGUGCUAUGCAGGAAUGAGCUUUAUAGUUGGAGAGAAAAGCCAACCUUACAGAUAAAAAGCCUGUAUACAUACAACCUAUGCUAAAUUUAGGCAGAUGAUAAAUGCUAGGAAUGAAGAGGGAGAAGCUCCCUUUUGCCAGGAAUGAUCAAGCAAAGCUUUAUGGAAACACAGGCUGUAUGUGAAAGACGGGUGAAUCUUUGCAGGUAGGAAAGGGCAUGUCUGGCUGAGAACUGGCUUGAUCAUAGACUGGAAAAAUGCAAGGCAGAGGUGAAGCAAUAAUACUAGAUGUGAAAGGCUGAGAAACACAGGGAAGUGUUGCCAGUGUGCAGCAGAAUCUCAUCUUGUGCAAAAUUGAAUUAGGCAGACUUCCUUGCUCCUUUCUUAUUCUGGGUAGCUACAUGGGCAGCCUUUCCUCAGAGCAUCUAACCUGACAUAAUUGGCUCAUCUGCUGUGCUUCUAAGCCAAAUAAAAAUAAUCAAACACAUCGAAGAUAUUUUUGGGAGUCACCAGGUUAAAGCAAAGCCUCCGUGACUGACGGCAAAAUACUGCAUUGGCCAGGUCUCCACUGAAAAAACAGAGUAAAUGAUAGUAUGAUACAUAAUUUCAAGUUUUGUAAGACUCCAAUUUCUGAAAAACUUCUGACUCCAAAAAAUCACGUACUUCCUAAAGUGUUGCCAAUGGAGGACCAAAUCAAGGUUACGGCUGUCAUCGUUAUUUCUGUCUUUUAAGUUAUUUGACCUGAAAAGAUGAUCCCCACAGGAUUUCUGAGAGAAUUCUACCUGAAAGCUUAGAUUUCAAAAGACAACCUGCAGGAAGCUAAGUGUCACAAAACAAAAUUUAAAACCGUCAGAACUUAUUUCUCUAAAGACCCAGCUGCUCCUGUCAAGUCCUUUUUCAUCUCCCCCUUUUGUCCCUUUACAUACUCUUUUUUUUUUUUUUUUUUUUUUUUUUUUUUGAGACGGAGUUUUGCUCUUGUUACCCAGGCUGGAGUGCAAUGGCGCAAUCUCGGCUCACCGCAACCUCCGCCCCCUGGGUUCAGGCAAUUCUCCUGCCUCAGCCUCCCGAGUAGCUGGGAUUACAGGCACGCGCCACCGUGCCCAGCUAAUUUUUUGUAAUUUUUAGUAGAGACGGGGUUUAACCAUGUUGACCAGGAUGGUCUUGAUCUGUUGACCUCGUCGUGAUCCACCCGCCUCGGCCUCCCAAAGUGCUGGGAUUACAGGCUUGAGCCACCGUGCCAGGCCUACAUACUCUUUUGUAAAUUCCUUCUGAUAUCAAUUAUUGCAGGCAGUAUUUUUACAUCCAUCGUCAGGAAAUAUUUUUUGGGAGACAUUUUGAAUCAACUAAAAGUAUGUGUACUUUUAGUUGCCUUGACUCUAUUUCAGAUGUCUGUGAUUAGUCAAUGGCUGCUUUAUUCCUCAGGACAAAUAAAUGAAGGAAGAUAGCGACAAAGAUUGACUGUCAUUUGAGUGAUGGAAGAGAAGCUAAGAAGUAGAGAUACUGUGAGGGUACAGAAAUCAUAGGUUAGUAGACACUGAGAAAGGAAAACUUCCUAUUUCCUAAUGGGGCUUUUCAGGCUUAUCUGACAUUAUCCGGAUGUGUUUUCUAGUCUUUUCUAAAGGAGAAAUUUUUAUUCUUGGGUUGCUGAAAGCAAAGGACUAAAGGGAUACAAGCAGCUCAAUAGCAGCAUAGAGGAUUAGAUUAGUGGAACAGCACUGCAUACAGGAAACCUAAAUCUAACAGUUCGGGCUGCAAGUCAUUAGCCCAACACGAGCAUGUAGGAUUUGGAGGACAAAGUAUAAAUACUUUCAGUUUACACAACCAAGAUUAUAGGCUACCUUCCCAACUUCUAAUUGAAGAGCACUGAAAACAGAGCUGUGAAUACUUCAUUUUUAAAACCUGACAAAAUGGUGCUAUUGACUACUUAAUACAAAGAUAUAUUACAAUAUAUUUAGGUAAAUAUUAAGUCUAGCCUGGCCAUAAAUGUACAUACAGAAAAUGUUUGUAGGGAAUUCAUCAAAAUCAUGCCCAUUUGCUGUUGUAGAGCUACAGUAUUCUUCCACGGUGGUAACUGACCAGUGAGUUUCUACUGCCUACGAUGGGACACAACAGUCAUGGGCUGUCGCAGCUGCCUAAAGCCUGAGGCAGACCACAUGAGAGCUCACUGUGACUUCUUGGAUUCAGAUUGGAUAACCCAAUUCAAGGAUUAAACGUGUACAUUUGUUGGGGGUGGGGGUGGGGGAUGUUUUCCAGGAACUUGAAGAGUAUGUGACACUAUAAAAAAUGGAUGUUGGAAGACUAAUCGUAGAAAUUUGAACUGAGGGCCAAUGUUACUUUGUGUAAGUUCACUCAGACAUGUCAGAACAUGCCCAAAGAAGCCUAUACCUUGCUGCUGGGAAAUGUAAAGCAGUUUGCAUGUAGAAUAUGAUAAUAAAUCAUUUAAGAACCCACUAAAA